UGCCCGGCCCUCCCCUACUGCUAGCCCCUUUCUUCGGGAUUGUGGCCUCCUGUGCCUCUCUAGGAUUGGGAAUUAUGGAAUGGCAUGGGACCAGUCCAGGGCACCCGCUUUCACUCGGUGUUUUUUUUUUUUGUUUGUUUAGUUUAGUUUAGUUUUUUUGAGACAGAAUCUUACUUGUUCACCCUCGGUAGAGUGCCGUGGCGUCUUUAGCUCACAGCAACCUCAAACUCUUGGGUUCAAGCAAUCCUCCUGCCUCAGCCUCCCAAAUAGCUAGGACUACAGGUGCCUGCCACAACACCCGGCUAUUUUUUUUAGAGACGGGUUCUCCCUCUUGCUCAAGCUGGUCUAGAACUCGUGAGCUCAGGCGAUAGCCCUGCUUUGCCCUCUUCCCCCCAGUGCCAGGAUUACAGGCGUGAGCCAGGGCACCCUGCCUCCACUUGGUGUUAGCUGUUCACAACUUCUGCAGAAGACCUCCUGUUCUGUCAGGCCCAGAUGGUAUUGGGCAGCCUCCCACCCCCACCACUCUGCGGACUGGGCCGCCGGCUCACAGGGGAGAGAGGGCACGGAUGCCGGCGAGGCGUCAAGGAUGUGUGAAAUAAACAAAUCCUGCCUAGUGUCUCGGUGUCUGGUGAAAAGCCGGACUGGCUCUGAAGUGGGAGGGUGGGAACACGCAGAGACCAGACGAGCCGUCCUGGCAGAGGUGGGAAGUCUCUUCAAGGUCCGUUGUAACGGAUGAGCCUGCAGUGGUCAGGAUCGGGGUACUCAGCACCCUUGGAAAGACUUAUGUUUCAGGGUCCGGCGGGAGGGGGGCAAGUGCCGCAGUCCUCCAUCCUAUCUGCCCGUCCCACCUGGAGCUUCACUGUGCCAUCGCCCUCUAGGACUUUCCCAGCCCACACCAGUGUGGACACGUGCGAUUUCUCCCCCCAAAAUAAAGAAAGGCUAGUGCGGCCGGGCCGAGAGCUAAGCCGGAUGAGAGUGCACCAUGCAGGAAGUGCCAGCCGCGCUGCCCACGGAACCAGGCCCCAGCCCCGUACCAGCCUUCCUCGGCAAGCUGUGGGCGCUGGUGGGCGACCCAGGCACCGACCACCUGAUCCGCUGGAGCCCGAGCGGGACCAGUUUCCUCGUUAGCGAUCAGAGCCGCUUCGCCAAGGAAGUGCUGCCCCAGUAUUUCAAGCACAGCAACAUGGCGAGCUUUGUGCGACAACUCAACAUGUACGGUUUUCGGAAGGUGGUGAGCAUCGACCAGGGCGGCCUGCUCAGGCCGGAGCGCGACCAUGUUGAGUUCCAGCACCCAAGCUUUGUGCGCGGCCGCGAGCAGCUCCUGGAGCGCGUGCGGCGCAAGGUGCCCGCGCUGAGAGGCGACGACGGCCGCUGGCGCCCGGAGGACUUGGGCCGGCUACUGGGCGAGGUGCAGGCUUUGCGGGGCGCGCAGGAGAGCACCGAGGCGCGGCUGCGGGAGCUCAGGCAGCAGAACGAGAUCUUGUGGAGGGAGGUGGUGACUCUACGGCAGAGCCACGGUCAGCAGCACCGGGUCAUUGGCAAGCUGAUCCAGUGUCUCUUUGGGCCACUUCAGGCGGGGCCCAGCAGUUCGGGAGCCAAGAGAAAGCUGUCUCUGAUGCUAGAUGAAGGGAGCACAUGCCCCACACCUGCCAAAUUCAAUGCCUGCUCCCUACCUGGCGCUCUCCUGCAGGACCCCUACUAUAUCCAGUCGCCCCUCCCAGAGGCUACCUUGGGCCUUAGCCCUCACAGAGCCAGGGGCCCCAUCAUCUCUGACAUCCCAGAAGACUCCCCAUCCCCUGAAGGAACCAGGCUUUCUUCCUCCAGUGGUGGCAGGAGGGAGAAGGGCCUGGCACUGCUCAAAGAAGAGCCGGCCAGUCCAGGGGGGGAUGGCGAGGCCGGGCUGGCCCUGGCCCCAAACGAGUGUGACUUCUGCGUGACAGCACCCCCACCACUGCCUGUGGCUGUGGUACAGGCCAUCCUGGAAGGGAAAGGGAGCUUCAGCCCCGAGGGGCCCAGGAGUGCCCAACAGCCUGAACCAAAGGACCCCAGGGAGAUAGCUGACAGGACAGGCACUGCAGGCCAACAGCACUUCUCUGUGCACAGGGGGCCUCUGGGCCUGGAGAGGGGGGACCAAAGCCCAGAGAAUCUGCUGCCUCCAAUGCUGCUUCGGCCCCCACCAGAAAGUAUGGAGCCUUCAGGGCCCCUGGAUAGUUAUCCCAAGGUGCUGAGCCCCAGCCUCCAAAGUCGAGAAUGGACCCUGAUGGACCUGGACAUGGAGCUGUCCCUGAUGCAGCCCUUGGUUCCAGAGAGGGGUGAGCCUGAGCUGGCAGCCAAGGGGUUAAAUUCUUCAGGCCCAGGGAAGGACCCCACACUUGGGGCCCCACUCGUGCUGGAUGUCCAGGCUGCUUUGGGAGGCCCAGCCCUUGGCCUGCCUGGGGCUUUAACCAUCUACAGCACCCCUGAGAGCAGGGCCUCUUACGUCGGCCCAGCAGCCAGUCCUUCCCCCUGAGAACGCAGGCCUCUGAAGCCAGGCUGGCCAAGGAACCAGUCUGCAGCCUCACACUCCUCUGGGCUUCCUGGCGCCCCCUGGCGGGGGGUGAGCGAAGCCCCCAAUACUCAACAGCCUGCGAGCCCUGCACAUAAAUUGCAUUUUUUCUGUG